AUGGCAGACGCCAGGCUCAUGCUGCUUCGGCUGGCUUUGGCGCUGCGUGGGGCGCGAGAUGAAAGCUCUACAGACCCAGUCAUCUCUCCAUCCUACUACACUAUCUCAGAUGCUGUAAUCUCUUCUGAGACUGUCUUUGUUGUUGAGAUCUCCCUCACCUGUAAGAAUGGAUCGCAAAAUGUUGCUCUCUAUGCAGAUGUCAAUGGUAAGCAGUUUCCUGUUACUCGGGGUCAGGAUGUUGGCCACUAUCAGGUUUCUUGGAGCAUGGAGCAUAAGCUGACUUGCUCUGACACCUACGAGGUGAAGUUCUUCAAUGAGGAAUACUAUAGCAUCUUGUGCAAGGCUCAGCAGAACAACAAAGAUGUCUCUGAGGUCAAACCCCUCUUUUUGGUCAAUGUGGAUCAUCGAGGUGCCUGGAGCGAACCAUGGGUCUCCACUGAGGUGCUGGCAGCAUUCAUUGGUCUCCUUGUGUAUUACAUGGCCUUCAGUGCCAAGAGCAACAUCCAAGCAUAAUCUGCUUCAAUAAACCU